GUGUGUGUGUGUGUGUGUGUGUAUAUGUGUGCGUGCGGUGUUUUUUUUCCGAGUGCGAUGCAUCGGGAAUUCGUAUGCGCGCGUGACUUUUUGCGUUGAUUUCCUCAGUAGUGAUCACGUGCGCGCGGCUUUGUGACAGCUUGACAGCUUUUGUUGCGCUUGCCACAGUCAGCUGGAAGCUCGGAGAGCAUCAGGGGAGCAUGGGCACCCUGCGCGACCUGCAGUACGCCUUGCAGGAGAAGAUCGAGGAGCUGAGGCAGAGGGACGCGCUGAUCGACGAGCUGGAGCUCGAGCUGGACCAGAAAGAUGAGCUGAUCCAGAAACUACAGACUGAGCUGGAUAAGUACCGCUCUGUGAUCAGACCAGCCACACAGCAGGUCCAGCAGAAACAGAACGAGCUGCAGGAGCAGCAGAGGACCAAACGGCAAGCCAUCUCAGCUGAACCAACCGCCCUGGACAUCCAGGAUCUCAGCCAAGUCACCCUGCCCUUCUACCCCAAGAGCCCAGAGUCCAAGGAACUCAUCAAGGAGGCCAUUCUAGACAAUGAUUUCAUGAAGAACCUGGAGCUCUCACAGAUCCAGGAGAUAGUGGACUGCAUGUACCCGGUGGAAUAUGACAAAGAGAGCUGCAUUAUUAAAGAGGGCGACGUGGGCUCACUCGUCUAUGUUAUGGAAGAUGGCAAGGUGGAGGUGACCAAGGAGGGCAUGAAGCUGUGCACCAUGGGACCAGGCAAAGUGUUCGGCGAGCUGGCCAUCCUCUACAACUGCACACGCACCGCCACUGUUCAGACUCUCACUAAUGUGAAGCUAUGGGCUAUUGACCGGCAGUGUUUCCAGACCAUCAUGAUGAGGACAGGACUCAUCAAGCAUGCUGAGUACAUGGAGUUCCUCAAGAGUGUUCCCACAUUCCAAGGCCUUCCAGAAGAAAUACUCAGCAAACUCGCAGAUGUGCUGGAAGAGACUCACUAUAGUGAUGGAGAAUACAUAAUCAGACAGGGCGCUAGAGGAGACACCUUCUUCAUCAUCAGUAAAGGAAAGGUGAAUGUUACCCGAGAGGAUUCGCCCAAUGACACUGUUCAUCUGCGUGGCUUGGGGAAAGGGGACUGGUUUGGAGAAAAAGCUCUUCAAGGAGAAGACAUUAGGACGGCCAAUGUCAUUGCUGCUGAGGCUGUCACCUGCCUGGUCAUCGACAGAGAUUCAUUUAAGCAUUUGAUUGGAGGUCUGGAUGACGUCUCGAACAAAGGCUAUGAGGAUGCCGGAGCCAAAGCAAAAUACGAGGCAGAAAACGCCUUCUUCUCCAACCUGAAGCUGGUGGACUUCAACAUCAUCGAUACCUUAGGGGUGGGAGGAUUCGGACGAGUCGAGCUGGUACAGCUCAAAAGUGAGGAGACCAAAACGUUUGCCAUGAAGAUUCUGAAAAAGCGCCACAUUGUGGACACACGGCAACAGGAACACAUCCGCUCCGAGAAACACAUCAUGCAGGAAGCCCACUCAGACUUUAUAGUGAGAUUAUACAGGACAUUUAAAGACAGCAAAUAUCUGUAUAUGCUGAUGGAAGCCUGUUUGGGAGGAGAACUAUGGACCAUUCUUAGAGAUAGAGGAUCUUUUGAAGACUCCACAACACGCUUUUACACAGCCUGUGUAGUGGAAGCCUUCGCUUAUUUGCAUUCCAAAGGGAUAAUUUACCGAGAUCUCAAGCCAGAAAACCUCAUCCUAGAUCACAGAGGCUACGCCAAGCUGGUGGACUUUGGCUUUGCCAAAAAGAUUGGAUUUGGGAAGAAGACAUGGACUUUCUGUGGAACACCGGAAUAUGUAGCCCCAGAAAUUAUUCUCAACAAAGGCCACGACAUCUCAGCAGAUUACUGGUCACUUGGUAUCCUUAUGUAUGAACUCCUGACUGGCAGCCCACCAUUCUCAGGGCCAGAUCCAAUGAAGACAUACAAUAUAAUCUUAAGAGGUAUUGAUAUGAUUGAAUUUCCAAAGAAGAUCACCAAAAAUGCUGGCAAUCUAAUAAAGAAGCUAUGCAGGGACAAUCCAUCUGAGAGACUAGGGAACUUGAAAAAUGGGGUGAAGGAUAUCCAAAAGCACAAAUGGUUUGAAGGCUUUAACUGGGAAGGGUUGCGCAAAGGGACUCUCACCCCUCCUAUUAUCCCUGAAGUGUCAUCACCCACCGACACCAGUAACUUUGACAGUUUCCCCGAGGACAACGAGGACCCACCACCCGACGACAACUCAGGCUGGGACACGGAUUUCUGAUCCGAUUGGCCUGUCUGAAUGUCAGUCAGGACCUUCAGGACAUGGUUGUGUUGAGUGACUGCUGCUCAAGGAGGCAAACUUAAAAAAAAAAAAAAAGAAGAAGAAGAAGAGUCCAGCUCUGGGUCACCAUGAUGCCUUCCCCAAUGCUGUCGCCCUCCAAUGCAGCAGCAUUGGGAUGCCCCAGAUCCAUAAACAUCCAAGCCCAUUGUUCUGCUUGCUGAGUAUUAAAGACACUCUCUGAUAGCUUUAUCACAUCACAUUACUCCUCAUGCUGUUUCUAUCCAUUCAUAGACCCUUACUCUUCUGUUCUAUUUGCCUUUUACUGAUUGGACAGAGCAUGAGUUACACGUAAUGACAAGAUUGGACAGUGCUGAAUUUUCUACCUGUGGUCAUGCUGUUAAACUUCCAUGCUCACUGGCUUCUCUGAACUUUAGUUUCUUAACCAAUCUAGUAGUAUAUCAUGAUUGUGUAUAUAUAUGGUUAUUAUAUAUUUGGAAAGUCUCACACUCUAUAUGUCAUUAUAUAGUACAUUAUAAGACAUACAUGAUAAAUUUUGCAAGGGCAAAUUUCUUUAAUAUGAUGAAAUGCCCUUCCACUUUAAUGCUUUUCCUCCAUGCCUAUAUUCGGAUGAAUAUUCAUAACAGUUAGCCUAUUUUGCUUAAAAGCUGACAUCUCUAUUCUUUAAAAAAAACAAUGCAAAAACCCCAUCCAUCCACUCAUUUUCUUAUACUGAAUGUGUCUUAGGCAAGGGUCAGUGUCUACAGGUUUACACCACCAGAGGGCAGUCUGUGACAAACACGAGCCACCUGAUGCGAUGCGUGCAUGAAGAGAAAGGGCAACAAUCGGCAAACAAUUAUCAUGUACAUGCUGCUAUAUGAGCCGCUCUGUCAUUAUUGCUGGCCAUGCCUACUACAAAACCACAAUCAUCCAAUCAUUGAUGGCUAGAUGACUGCCUGAAGGCUGACAAUAGCUUGAACACAAACUACUGUGCUGGAAAACAAAUUAAGGAUUUUUAUUUAUUGUAGGACCAGAGGUAAAUAUUUAUGUACAUAUUCAGUGCUGAUAUUUUGUGAUACUUGUAGAAGAAAAAAAAAUAUUGCCAGAGUAAAACUGGCUCUGUUAUUUAAUUUGUUUGGAAUAUGUUUUAUCUGUAUGGUACUUUGUAGAAUUUGUUGAUCUCUUUUGUGCACCUCGUGUCCAAAACUUCAUGAUGGACAGUUUGUGCUUAGCGUUUUUUUCUGGCAUUAUUGGAAGUGCCUUAAUUCAAUGGCAUUCAAUAUAGACCCUACGUUGGUACUGAUGCUGCAUGACUAGGUGAACACCUCAGAUAUGUAAUCCUUACUUGUUUGUGGCUUUUUUUAAGGUUCAGCGAUUUGUAUGCCUUUUUCUUACAAUAAAAAACAUCAAACAUAA